AUGUACAACUUUCUUAACUCCAUCGCAACUUCCCUUGCCAACGCACCCCGACAACGCAACCAUCCCAACACACCUUCGCAGCUGCAUCUGCCAUCAGAUCAUUCACUGCUUACUGGCAAUUGCAUCGCAACUGCCUCUACCAUGUCAGCUACUACACGGCGCUCAACGCGUCGUACUGCAGCGACAGCGGCCACCGAGUCCUCGCAGCCCGCCUCCAGGCAAAGCUCACAGUCGGCGUCGCCUGCGCCAGAGGCUGCCCCCAAGAAGAAGCCCGGUCGCAAGCCCAAGGCUGCCGCCGCCAAAGUCGAGUCGCAGACCGUGACGGAGUCGCAGCAGACAGUCACCAAGGGUCGCGCUACGUCACGCGCAAACGCCGCUUCCGCCGUCACCACAACAACCACCACAUCAUCAACAACCAAGACCGCGACGCAAGCGCCUGUUGUCGCCAAGAAGCUCACUAGAGCCGGUCGCCAGGCGCUGAAAGAGGCAGGCGUAGAGGCUUCGCCGCAGCGCAGCCUGGAACAGACGAAGCCCGCCAAGCAAGGACGCGGCACAGCCCGCCAGAAAGUCACCAGUGAGAAACGAAAGGCAGUGGCCGCAAAGCUGGCGGCAGCUAAGGCCAUCGAGAGCGCCGAAGACGAGGCAGAAGCCGAGAAUGAAGAUGGCAUGGGCGCCUUCUUCACAAAAAGUAAGCACCAUCUUCCCCAUAGCUACACCCCUUCAGAGGAAGAAAUCGACAACGAGCUCCGCAAGGAGAAGUACGAACACCAAGAGAGGGAGAUUGAUCAUCUCCGCGAGCGUGUCACAAACCAGGAGGCUCGCAUCCAGAAUCUCGUAGAGAUGAUGUGGCAGAAAGAUCAGCAGAUGUUCCUCUACGAGAACGAGAACCUGCGUCUGCGCAUGGAAAUCACGCGACUAGAGAAUAUUCCACACAUUAGCUACGGUACUCCGGCUAACGUCAGUUACGCAGAAUUCGACAGUGAACUAGUAGCAAUCAGCGAGUCAUCUCCGGCACAUGGUGUGUUUGUGAAUGGCAACGAGGAAGCCCUUGCGCUCCUCCACAAGAUCGAGAGCUCUGCCAAAGAAACCAGGCGCGUUGAGCCCUUAAGCAAUGACAGCGAAACAUUCUCAGACAAUGACGUCGCCAUGGAACCUUCACCACAACAGCCGUCCGCUAAGAGAACCUUCGAGGAUGUCACAGCAACGCCCAACCGCCCCGUCGCAACACCAUCCAACAUUUUCAGCAGGUCAUUCUCUGCUAUCAAAUCCCGACUUUUCUCCUCGACCCCCAAGCCCCCGCCAACCCCCGAAGUCGCAUCGCCCACCGUUACGAAGCCUCUACCACCCCAGAACACAAUCACCGAGACCCUCUCCCUCCCUCCUACACCUGUUGGCGAGCGCGUCAAGACGCCGAACAAGAGGCGUGCGCCCAUGAACACACUGCUGAAACUACUGCUCAAGGGCGUCGACCGCAAGGACAGGCACAAGGCAGAGGAGUGGGCCAAGCAGGUCAUUCCUGAAUUGAAGAACGAUACUGCUUUCAGCGAGAAGCGUGCGCGUCUUCAGAAGGACGUUCUGUGCAAGGAGCUGUCGAAUUUCCCGUCAGCUAAGCCUUGGGAGACUGGCUUCGGCGACCCGCUUGGUGAUCUGGACGAUGACGAUGUUGUACCAGUCUGGGCUGUCUAUCUCGAUAUCGUGGCUGAAGAAGAAGAGCACACCGCUAAGAAGCACAAGAAGACUCACGAAUUCACCACGGGCGACGACGAAGUUCCUACCAUCGACGAGCAGUUCGCCGCCAGCAACGGCGCGCGUACUUCACCAAAGCUCUACAACAGCCAUGGCCAGUCCGCUUCACUCCGUGACUUCCACCCUCGUCGCUCAAUCGACCCAUCACCCAUGUUCAGCAACUCCAUCUCACACAACACCGGCGGUAACAUCUUUAGCGAACUACAAGGACACGACACCGCGGCACAGAUCCGUGAGAACGAUCGUGAGGUUCUGAAAAGCGCAACCAAGGAGAACACCCACUCCCAUAAUCCAGGCAUGGGCUCUUUCAGCGUCCCCGAUGAUGAUUCUGAUGAAGAAGACUCUACAAUGGGCAGCGAGAGCGCUGACGCUGAAGCUACUCCUAUCUGGACCCAACCACCCCCACCAGCCCCCGUUCCUGCGCAUGCUCCCCUGCCAGGCGGAUCUACGGAUGAAGCGUCUGAUGUGCCCGAAGCGCCCCCAACCCCUACCCGCCAGCAGCCUGGAGAUGAGAUUGAGCGCCAGCGCCAGAGACUAAUGAAGCACACACCUGCUAAGCCUUCCCGUCUCCGCGAGGCAACCUACCCAUCACCAAGCAUUCUAUCGGAAGCUGGCAACGUGUCACUUCUUGCCGCUACUCCUGCACAAAUGGCAACUUCCGCAUCGUCCAUGUUCGACGACAUGCCAGGAGCGGAGAUUAUCGAACUUGAUGACGAAUGUCAAGCUGAAUUCGAAGAUAUCAUCAACAGCCACGAGUACCAGCAGAAGUUCAAUGUCGAAUGGCAAGCGCCCACCCUCACCUACGAGUCAGAUGAGGAGGAGCCAAGCCCUACCUCCUCAUCGUAA